AGUGCAUUUAUGAAAUAAUAUCUAUUUCUUCUUGUAUUCUUUAAUAGUUUGUAUCACAAUGAAAGUGUUUGUUGUCUUUACGAUUUUCACGUUCUUUGUUGUUGCAAAUGCAGAAGAGGAAAAUUUGAAUCAAAUCGAAAGUGUGGAAGAGCAAUGCCAAAAAGAAACGGGUAUUUCGGACGAGUCACUCCAAAAAAUUAUGAAUCUAGAACCUGUGGAUGAUCCUCUGGUAAAAGAAAAUGCAUUGUGCACAUUAAAAGCAUAUGGAGUUAUGGAUGAAGAUGGAAAUAUUUCCCAAGAUAAAUUCAAGGAAAAACUAGAGUCUACGGUUGGGGCAGAAGAAGCAGAAAGGGUGGCUGAAAAAUGUACUACCGAAAAAGAUUCUCCUGAAGAGACGGCACAUGCAAUUUUGUGGUGUGCCACUGAGGAAGGAGCACUAUAACGCAAUAAAUGUAAGAACUAUUCUUAAAAAAUCUUUAAGCUUUUAAUAUUUGUUGCUGUUAUAUUAUUCGAGCAUAGUCAAUAAAAAAUCUUAUUGUA